ACUGUCUCUAAUACGAGUGGGUGCUGUUUAACUAUCAUCCCCGUCGUCCUCCACGUAGGUCUGCCACCAGGACCUGGAAGCGAGGCCGAUGAUCUAUUGGAGCUCUCAUCGUUACUGUUAUUACCGAUUGGUCUGUGUUAGAAAUGACCCCGGAAUGUCAUGGUCCGAUUUGGGCCAUCGAUGACGUUUCCCGUUGUUUCCAGCGCAAUUAUCUCCAACUAAUUCUACCACUGACCGCAUGUGGGCUUUCGCUUUUAUUUAUCGUAAUUCGUGUUACCUACCGUUAUCUCGUGUCUCGCAAAGGUGUUUCGUACAAGAUUCUGGUGGAUGAUGCCGCCGAAAACGGCGCCCCAGUGGGUGAGGAGCAGGGAGAGGAAACGGAUCACAUGUUGUCUAAGGCAGCUGAAGAGGAAUUGUUACAAUUUGAAGUCGACCGUCCUCGAGGUGAAAUCGCACUGAUCUCGCUUGAGGUAGUUACGGUCCUGGGUGAAGUGGCUGUUUUUAUCGCCAUUUUGUGGACAAACACCUGGGGCGAUCGUGGUAAACUCUCUGCGGUGGCGAAGCUGGUUUCUUGGAGCUAUAUACUCUUCUUGACUUUAGUUCGCUUGCUUCUCUCGACGCUGGACUUGCAAUUGCUUCCCAGGUUAUGGAAUCAUACUGCUUUUCUAUAUGGGCUGCAGUGGCUGUUCAAUGUCCUCGUGUUUCGGUCUGCAGUCAUCCACCCCGUCUCAAGGCGUGCCACAAUUUUUAGCGCGAUAGAGUUUUCCUUAUCCACUCUUCUCCUUCUGAUCGCAGUAACGACGCGCAGAGGAAAUAAAGCAGUACUAGUUCCACACGAGGAUGGUAUCCAGCCGGCGAGACAUCCUACUGCCAGCUUACUCUCCUUAGCAACCUUUUCCUGGCUAGAUCCCCUUAUCUUACGGGGCUAUAGACAAUCCCUGGAACUCAGUGAUGUCUGGAAUUUAACCUCAUCUCAAAAGGCUGCAACCGUGUUGGAAGACUUUCGCCGGAGGCAGUACAAGGGCUCCUUGGUGUGGAAGCUUGGCCGCUACUUCUGGCCUAUACUCUUGUGGCAAGGUGCAUGGACGAUAUUUUCGUGCCUUUUCACGUACCUACCCACUAUCCUCCUCAAAGCAAUCUUGGAGUAUGUGGAAGACCCGAGGUCAACCACCGCGAAUGCCGCCUGGCUAUAUGCCAUUUUAUUGUUCUGCUCGGGAGCAAUUCAAGGUGUUGCGGAUGGACAAGCGCUCUGGAUGGGGCGUAGGCUAGGGGUGAAACUCCGCGCUAUAAUCAUUGGCGAGAUUUACGCCAAAGCUCUGAGGCGAAAGGCGGGGGCUUCUGUCGAUGCUGGCAAAAAGAAAUCCGAAGAACCAGCCCCAGCUAGUAAGAAGAAGAGGGCUUUUACCUUCGGCCGAAAGAAGAAGAAGGCCACAACAACAGACCCUGAGGCAGAUGACCAGAGCGUGAAGGAUUCGGAAGAAAACGACGAUCCCCACGCGGCUAACACAGGUAACAUCAUCAACUUAAUGGCUAUUGAUUCGUUCAAGGUCAGUGAGGUGGGUGCCUACCUCCAUUUUCUGUGGGCCAGCGUACCGGUGCAGAUCAUAAUUGCUGUCUCGCUUCUGUAUCGUCUGCUUGGAUUUAGCUCCUUCGCUGGCAUCGUUAUAAUGGUCUUCAUGUUACCGGUGAACCUUUUCAUUGCCAAGCAAUUUUCAAAGAUCCAAAACCAGAUUCUUGCCUCAACCGACGCUCGCAUACACGCUACAAAUGAGAUCCUGCAGAAUAUCAGGAUUAUUAAGUACUUUGCAUGGGAGCAGCGCUUCGAAGAUAUUGUGAACGAGAAACGCCAGACGGAGCUCAAAGCAUUGCGUUACCGUUAUAUUAUCUGGUCUACGGCAGCAACCGUCUGGUAUGGAACGCCGCUCAUUAUCACUUUCGCUUCAUUUUUCCUAUACACAGUGGUAGAACAAAAGAAAUUGACACCAUCCAUUGCCUUCCCGGCCCUAUCGAUGUUCUCGUUGCUACGAAUUCCGUUGGAUCAACUGGCCGACAUGGUAGCGCACGUCCAAGAAUCUAAAGUCUCCUUGGAACGUGUGGAUAAGUUCCUCAACGAGGAGGAAACUCAGAAGUACAGCCAGUUAGAAGAGAGUAACACAACUGCACAGCCGCCUCGAAUUGCACUGGACAAGGCUACUCUCUCUUGGGGAAACUCAAAGGAACAGUAUAAGGAUGACCCACGGAGUGAUACCACGGACGCAUUCCGCCUGAUCAAUAUUGAUGUGUCAUUCCGGACUGGCAAGCUGAAUAUCAUUACAGGACCGACGGGCUCUGGUAAAACCUCUCUUCUGAUGGCGCUCUUGGGAGAAAUGAAACUCCUGGAAGGGAGCAUUCAUUUACCCGGUGGAACCGUGAGCAGGACAGAACUACCAAUCCACCCUCAGUCGGGUCUUAUGGAAAGCGUUGCGUAUUGUGCGCAGGAAGCCUGGCUGGUCAAUGAUACUAUCAAGGGAAACAUUGUUUUUGCUUCUCCUUUCGACCAACGCCGCUACAACGCUGUGGUCAAGGCGUGCGCUCUGGAACGAGACUUCUCCAUCCUCGACGCAGGUGAUCAAACUAUCGUCGGAGAGAAAGGUAUCAGUUUGUCGGGAGGGCAGAAGCAGAGAAUAUCCCUCGCUCGUGCCAUCUACAGCAGGGCUCGCCAUCUCUUGUUGGAUGACUGUCUGAGUGCUGUUGAUUCCCACACAGCCAAACACAUUUUCCGAGAGGCUCUCCUGGGACCCCUUAUGCUGGACCGAACUUGCGUGCUUGUUACCCACAAUGUUGCCCUGACUGUCCCUCAAGCAGAGCAUGUUGUCGUUUUGGACAACGGCAAGGUGACCAUCCAAGGACAUCCGGAUAAAGUAGCAGCAUCGGGAGCACUGGGUGACGACCUCCUCAAAUCUCGACCCGCCUCCAGAUCCAGCUCUCAGCGCCCCUCUCGCAUGCCAACCGAUCUGGGUGACCGUCAUGAGGACGAUUCGCAUGUUACCAACGGUGGGCUAACCAACGGCUCGGCUGGAAAGGAUCAAAAGGAAGAGGCACGGCCCAAAUUGGUGGAGUCAAAGGCUACCGGCAGUAUCAAAUGGCCAAUCAUCAAAAUGUAUCUCCUGUCUAUGGGCUCUUCAUGGUACUGGAUGAGCGCUGUACUUGUGUUCUCCUUACAACAACUAGGGUCCGUGUCAACGAAUAUUUGGAUCAGACAGUGGGCGAACUCCUAUCAUACCGAGGAGAUUGGAACGAAUGAUGCCGGGGACUACGCGGCGAUAGCAAAUUUCAAGAUCCCGUCGUUCAAUGUUGGCGGCGUCCCGCGAACCUCGUCUCAAAGUGCCCCCCAGUUUGGCGUACAGACAGCUACGGCGACGUACAACGACGUCAAUGUUGGCUACUACUUGGGCGUAUACGCACUUCUUGGAUUUCUCUACAUUAUAAUUUCAUUGAUCAGAGAGGGUGUCCUAUUCUGGGGCUCCCUGCAAGCAUCCAACAAGAUACAUAAGCGUCUCUUGAAGGCUGUGAUGCAUGCUAAGUUCAAGUUUUUCGACUCGACGCCUCUUGGCCAGUUAAUGAACAGGUUUUCCAAGGAUGUUGAAGCUGUCGACCAAGAGGUUGCCCCGGUGGCAAUUGGCAUGCUCCACUGUCUAGCGACUGUCAUCAUGAUUGUGGCUUUGAUUUCAGUAAUCAUGCCAGGGUUCCUAAUUGCGGCAGUCUUUAUUACAUUGAUUUACUUUGCCUUGGGCGCAGUGUACUUGAAUUCCUCUCGUGAUCUGAAGCGAUUGGAGUCUGUGCAGCGGAGCCCUCUGUAUCAACAGUUCGGCGAGACACUGAAUGGUAUUGUCACUAUUCGUGCUUACGGCGAUGGGCCUAGGUUUCUUGUGGACAAUCAUCGGCGCAUCAAUGACUACAACCGGCCGCACAUUUACCUCUGGGCCAGUAACCGCUGGCUUGCCCUUCGUGUAGAUAUUGCCGGCGCUUUGGUCUCCUUCUUUACUGCUGUCUUUGUCCUGCUCAGCAUCGGAAAGAUCGAUGCUGGUGCUGCUGGUCUUGCUCUGACAUACGCAGUCACAUUUACGGAGAAUGUUCUCUGGCUGGUCCGACUCUAUUCGGAGGUUCAGCAGAACAUGAACUCGGUCGAACGAGUGAAAGAGUAUCUCGAGGUGGAGCAGGAGGCUGCAGCGGUUAUUCCCGACUCGAGACCGCCAUCUAACUGGCCUAGCGGCGGAGCAGUUGAGUUUACCAACUACACCACUCGGUACAGACCGGACCUUGAUCCCGUUCUUCGCAAUGUCUCCUUCACCGUACAACCUGGUGAAAAGGUCGGCAUCGUGGGCCGCACUGGCGCUGGCAAGAGCUCUCUGGCCCUUGCCCUCUUCCGCGGACUUGAAGCAGAAAAGGGACGUAUAGUCAUCGACGAAGUAGACAUCGGCACCAUUGGACUUAGAGACUUGCGAGAGUCUAUCACUAUUGUGCCCCAAGAUCCUACUCUUUUCACAGGGACCAUCCGGAGCAACCUCGAUCCGUUCGAUCUCUUCACGGACGAGCAGAUUUUCACGGCACUCCGUCGGGUUCAUUUAAUCGGCUCUGGGACGUCUGGCACCGCGACCCCUGUGACAAGCGGCACGGAACCGAAUCCGACACCGAAUGGCACCAUUGUUCUUGACAAUAGAAACAUCUUCCUUAAUCUUGAUACACCGAUCUCUGAAUCUGGGUCCAAUCUGUCCCAAGGGCAGAGGCAGCUUAUGUGUCUUGCCCGUGCUCUGCUCAAGGAACCCAAGGUUCUCAUGAUGGACGAGGCCACGGCUUCCAUUGACUACAACACCGACGCCAAGAUCCAAGAAACGCUACGCGAGCUCCGGGACAGCACCAUCAUCACGAUUGCGCACCGUUUGCAGACCAUCAUCGACUACGACAAAGUUUUGGUGCUGGAUCACGGCCGGGUGGUUGAGUACGAUCAUCCGUGGACCUUAAUCAACCAGAAAGAUGGUAUUUUCUGUAGCAUGUGCGACAACAGUGGCAAUAUGGAGACUCUCCUAGAAGGAGCCAAGAAGGCCUGGGAGCAUAAACGGCUUGUGGAUGAUUCAUAGACUGACAUAUAGCUGUGCUCUGCAUAUUUUAAACCUUCCCCCUCUCCCUUUGUCCAUCCUCCAUGCAGCGAAGAUAAAAAUUUUUUGGGCGCAAGGAAUUCUUAUGUAUAGGUAUCAAUUUUAGGCGUAUAAAGGCCUUUUACUCUUCGCGAGUUAAUAUAUUGUUAUUUCAGUUGCUUCAUGGACAUUUACCACUUAUGUCCGCUACGGGGAUGUUCGUAGACGAAGGAUGUGUUGCAAUGGACAAUUCCAUGACGAUUCGUGAUUCCCUCUGGAUACUAGCAAGAAAACACGGUCAUUGAGUGUAUUGCAUAGCAUAAGCAUGACCAUGGUAAGGAGUCGUUUCAUGCCAGCGACAGAACAUCGGUUUGAUUUGAAAGACGUUCUGUCUUGACUCGUCCUUCGUCUUCUUAGUAAUCCACGGUCCUACCCCAAUCAAGCAUCUCCACCUGGGGAGUGGAAGGCGGAAGUCCCGGAUGUGAUGCUGUUGGAAAGUAUGGAUCGGACCAUACCAAGUUUGGAUUUUCAUGUCUGUGAUGUGAAACCUUUUACCUGCCAUACUAUUUCCUUGCUUUGACAGGAAGUACAUAGAACGGUAUUCGGAUGAGCUGUUGAGAAAAUAUAGACGAGUAGUGAAUCAUUGAUGUUGAAGUUCCAAAUUUAACAGAUAGGGUCCGGUGGACUAACCCAAUCGCGUCUAGCUCCCCAUAGUUUAAAUCUCCAAACUGUCGAU